AUGGGCAACGACCCCAGCAAGCAAAAACGGCCGUCGCAGCCAGCGCUGCCCUCCGACACCGAGAGUGGCGCCCACUCCAUCUUAAGCGGCUCUGAACCGCUGACAUCAAUGGUCCCGGACCAGUUUACAGCGCUCUCGCAAGUGACCGACGCUCUGAGACGCAGCGGCCUCGAGAGUUGCAAUCUCAUGAUCGGCAUUGACUGCACGAAAUCCAACGAGUGGAGUGGGAAACGGACGUUCGGUGGCCGCAGUCUGCACGAGAUCGACGACCCGAGCGUCCAGAAUCCGUACGAAGACGUCAUUGAGACGCUCGGCAAGACACUGCAGGAUUUUGACAAGGACAAUUUGAUUCCAGUAUACGGCUUUGGCGACGAGUUGACGUGCGACCGCGCGGUGUUUUCGUUUGCUCAGCACGAAGACCAAGUUGGGUUUCCACUCGAGAGUCUUCGCGCUCGGUACCGAGAGGUGGUGCGGGACGUGAUCAUGGCAGGCCCCACCUCAUUUGCUCCCAUUAUCAACGAGGCCGUGAAUCUCGUGAACCGCACGGGAAAGUAUCAUAUCCUCGUUAUUAUUGCCGAUGGACAAGUGACGCGGUCGGUGGAUAUUCCACCUCAUGCUGUGAGCAAGAAUGAGAAGGAGACGAUUGAUGCUAUUGCUUGUGCCAGCAACUUUCCAUUGAGUAUUAUCAUGGUGGGCGUGGGCGAUGGUCCAUGGGAGUCGAUGAUUUAUUUUGACGAUUACCUGAUGCACAGGAAGUUUGACAACUUUCAAUUCGUAGAGUACCACAAGAUCACGUCGCAAUUCAGUGACCCGCGGAUGAAAGAAGCGCAGUUUGCAUUGCAGGCGUUGAUGGAGAUACCUGAUCAAUAUCGCACGAUUAAAGAGAUGAAGUAUUUGGAUCGUGGACCUAAUCGAGAAGACACGAGACUUCCACGUGUAGACGUGUUUCCGCCGCCUCAACGAAUGCAAAACGUUCAUCGUAGUCACCACGACGGCAUCACCCACCAUUCUUUUUUGCAGCAGACACGUCGUGAACAUACUGCAAUGACAACAGGGCGAUACGGGCAAGCAACAUCUCCGUCAGCGCCGCUCUUCCAUUCAGCAGAUGGUGCGCGCAGUGGAUUGGCACGCUCGACGAUGCAGUCUCGUGUGUCGCGUGCUGAGGAAGAGCUCGCACGACUUCAAGAUACAUUGUUGUGCCCCAUCUGCGAGGAGAGAAAGAAAGACAUGAUAUUCCAAUGCGGCCACGAAACGUGCCAGGAGUGCGGCAAGCUGAUUGCGCUCUGCCCUUUGUGUCGGCAAGUGAUUGAAGUGCGUAUCAGACGUUUUGUCUAG